UAGUGCGCGACGGUGACGGUGGCGGCGGCGGAGAGGGGUGAAGGCAUCUUCAGUGCAGAGCUGCCGGCAUGUGGCGGGGGAGCGGAGCUCCGGCCGUGGACGAGAUCAAAGCCCGGCGGAGGCAGCAGGAGUGGGGGUGGAAUAGGGCCUUCCAGCCCUUCAAGCUGCGUCACCCGGCCAUUCCCCAAUGUAAUCCUGGCCAAUCUCGGGUGUAGUGGCUCCGGAUUUCGAGGCGUGUGAUCUGGCCGGCUUCCUCGGGCUUCUCACCCGUGCUGGGUUGGGCGUUGAGCUGGCAACUCAACCUCGUUAGAAAAGAGGAAAACGCUAAAGAGACGACAAAGUUGCCACCCGAUGCGCCACGAAAGAUCACGGGACAAUUCACAAUGACCGAUUAACCGACCAACCAGUACGUCUUUCGACUGUAGGAGGAAACCGGAGCAUCCAGGGGAAAUCUUCAUGCUCACGGGGAGGAACAUCCAAACUCCUUAAAGGCAGCAGCGGGAAUUGAACCUGGGCUAUCCUUACUGUAAAGCGUUUUGCUAACCACUACACUGCUGUGCCACGUAUUCCUGACAUAAAUCCAUAGAAUUCCAAACAACACUUAGUUUGCCUGCAAUAUUUGGGUUGGUUGACUGGUAAUGUUACUGCUCAUCAGUUUGACUUACAAGCUGCUGGAUUUUCCUUUUGUGCUCAGCUCUGAGAAAGGCACGGAGGGAGAAGCAACUCGUCAGCAAGAGACUUCUGAGGGAGCUUCAAGGUGAUGGAGAAGAGAUGGAGAUAAGAGAACCCUUGGUCACUCAGGAGGAGGUAUCACAGCUGUACCAGAGGAUUCAGCGUGGAUCAGAGGAUCGGGUAACUGCAUUACAAGCCCUGUGCCAAUUUCUGCACCAGACGGAGGCACAGAAGAUGUUUGUCAGUUUGGAAAACAGUAUCCACGUUCUCAUUGGGCUCUUCACCAGCAACCUGGCUUCGGUUCAGCUUGAAGCCGCACGGUGUUUACUGAAGCUCUCCCAUGCCAGCGAUCCCAGCAUCUCGCUCGUGUGUUUGCCAGCAACACCCUACCUACUAACCUACCUCUCGGGUCAGAGUGCAAAGUUCACGGAGCAGUGUUUAUACAUCCUGGGCAACAUGGCAGCAGAGAAUGAAACCGUUCGAAGUCAGCUCCUGCUACAAGGUGUGAUUCAAGCACUGGCAACCUGUCUGCAGUCUCCUCACGAGGCAGUCGUCGAGGCAGCGGCUUACUCGCUUUCCCAACUGCUCCAGGCCAAGGAAGCAGGAGAGAAAAUCAUCCCUGCGGUUCUGGAAGCCAGCUUGACUCCACGUUUGAUCCACCUGUUGGAUCCGGAUUCGGAAUUUGGGAUGCCAACGGCUGUGGAGUCCGCCUGGUGUCUGCAUUACAUCGUGAGUAGUGGUGUCAACUGUGAACGUCUGGUCUCUCAGGGCCUUGUGCACCAAGCUGUACGACUGCUGAUAGUUUUGGGCAAUGCCAUUGAUUCCAGCACAACAACAGAUGGUGUGGAAUUGCUCAUUUACCCCGUGGCCCGUUGCUUGGGAAAUCUUACGGCGAGCUGUGAAUCAGUCCUGAGCAGAGACCGGCUGUUGGACUGCCGAGUUCUGCAGGCACUGAGAUCAAUCAUCAACAAGUUCCUACAGUCGCACCCGUCCCUGACGCGGGAGUGUCUGUGGCUCCUCAACAACUUAACCGCUGCUGAUGACCAGUUGUGCUCGGCCAUCUUCAGCCUGGACCUGGUGCCCAUGGUACUCCAGCUGAUGCUUUUCUCUGGCGGCAUCAACACUCUGGUGCUGAUACUGUUGGGUAACAUUGUGGAGAAAGGGCCAGCACACUGUGACAAACUACAGCAACACAAGGAGUUGUUUCCUGCGCUUUGCAGCACCCUCCGAGCGGCCGAUGCAGAGGUUGUGCGCCUGUCGCUGGAAGUCCUGAACCUGAUCUUCUCGCACUGUGUGCAGGCCAUUGCCGAGUUUGUAAAUCAAAAUGGGAUCCCGGCUCUCGAGGCGAUUCACUACAACAACAAUGAGGAGAUCAGAGUGCGAGCCAAUUUUCUGAUGGACAGAUACUUCACAGACAAGGCAGUUUGACGAGCUGUUGGCUCCGGCCGGAAUCCUAAUGAAGCUCAUUUAAAAGUGAGAUUAUGGAAAUGGGUCUUUAUCUUCCUCAUUCUCUUGAGGGUGAGAGAUGUCCCUCGCCCUCUCGGCCUCACCUCCGUAUGAAGAAUUUGAACACUUGCCACAUCUGGUUUCAAUCACUACCUCUCCUCAGGUUUUGGCACUGCAGCUAUCUUUGAUGGUAGAUGAGUGGAUGCAUCGAUUAACCAAGAUCUGAUUUGACCCCUGUCCGGAGCCUUGGAUUUGUGGUCGCACCUCCAGAAUGCCACGCAAGUUGUUCGGGUGGUUAAGAAUGCCUAUGGUGUGCUGGGGAUUACCAGGGGAUUGAGUUCAAAAGCUGUGAGGUAAUGUUGCAACUCUAUAAAACCCUGGUUACACCACACUUGGAAUAUCCUGGUCUGUUUGGUUCUGGUCUGCUCAUUCUUGGAAGGAAUAUGAAAGCUUUAGAGGGAAUGCAGAGGAGAUUUACUAGGAUGCUGCCUGGAUUAGAGAGCGUGUCUUAUGAGGAAAGAUAGAGUGAGGAGAAUGAGAGGUGACUUAAUAGAGGUGCACAGAAUGAUAAGAGGCAUAGAUAGAGUGGACAGCCAGAGAUUUUUAAAAACAGGGUAAGAAGAGCUAGUACACAGAGGUAUGAUUUUAAGGUGAUUGGAGGAAAAUGUUGGGUGGGGGGGUGUCAGCUUUUUUUUACACAGUGUUGGCUGCAUGGAACGCCCUGUCAGGGCGGUGGUCAAGGCAGCUGCUUUGGAAGUAUUUAAGAGACUCUUAGAUAGGCACAUGGAUGAUGGAAAAAUGGAGGGUGCUGUAGGAGGAAAGUGUUAGAUUGAUCUUGGAGUAGGUUUAAAAAGUCAGCACAAUAUUGUGGGCCAAAGGGCCUGUACUGUGUUGUAGUGUUCUGUGUUUUUCCACAUUCAAAGUACCAGUACUGUGGAAAGGUCUUAGGCACCCUAGAUAUUUUAUAUGGUUUCAGAUGGUCUGGCCUUCACAGAGCCCUGAUCAUCAUCAAAGCUGUCUAUGGUUACUUGGAAAAUUGGAAGCAAGUGAGACAGCCAAAGUCUGCAGAAGAACUGUGGAAAGUUCUCCAAGAUGCUUGGAACAACCUACUAGCCGAUUUUCUUAUAAAACUGCACAGCAGCGUACCUAAGGGAACUGAUGCAGCUUUAAAGGCAAAGGGUAGUCACACCAAAUAUUGAUUUGAUUUAGUGUUUUUUUUUACUGUUUACUGCUCUUCAUAGUAAUUUUUUGGCAUUUAAAAACUUUUCAUCAUUAUUUUUAAAAGCAUCUUCACUUUACAGAUCUUUUUUACAUGACCUUUGCUCAGUACUGUACAUAUAUGUUACCAUACAAUUUUGUUUUCUGUUAUCUGAUUGAGAGCAGAGGUGGGGAGUCAAUCUUGGUGCCUUUCCAAUUGUGUAGUUUAUUUAUUUAGCAAUAGAAUGUAAAAUAGGCUUUUCAGGCCCUUCAAGUUUUGCCUCCCCAGCAGCCCCCGACAACCCCAAAUUAGCCCUAACCUAAUCACAGGGGAAUUUACAAUGGCCAUUGAACAUACCUGUGGAAGCAAACCAGAGCAUCCAGAGAGAACCCACACAUUCCACGGGCAGGACGUGUGGAGACUUCUGACAGAUGACACUGGAAUUGACCUCUGAACUCUGGCUCCUUGAGCUGUAAUUGGGUCACACAGACUGCUACGCUACCAUGGUUCACUUGGGUGUCAUGUGUUUUCAAGAGGAGGUUGUCCAGCCGUGAGCAAAAUCUCCCCAUAGAACAUCACCUCGUUUACUCAAACGUGCAGUACUGUAAACACAAGUUGUUGGAAAUUCAGAGCAACACACACACACACACACACACACACAAUGCAGGAGGAGCUCAGUGGGUCGGGCAGCAUCUAUGGAGAGGAACAAACAAUCAAUGUUUUGGGCCAAGACCCUUCAUCUGGACUGGAAAGGAAGGGUGAAGAAGCCAGACUAAGAAUGGGUGGGGUAUGGGAUGAAUUAUGAAGCUGGGAGGUGACUGGUGGGAAAGAUAGUGGACUGAAGAAGGAAUCUGAUGGCGGGGGGAGAACCAGAGGGAAGUGAGGGGUAGAUGAGAAGACAUGGGGAAUGGAAAAAGAAAGUGGUAGGGGGAAUAAUUACUGUAAGUUGGAGAAAUUGAUAUUCAUGCCAUCACGUUGGAGGCUGCACCUUGUAUUCCAUCUGGGAAUCACACACAAAAUCCCAGAGAAUCUCAGCAGGUCAGGCAGCAUCUAUGGAGAGAAAUAAAGAGCCAACAUUUCAGGCUGAGUCCUGAUGAAGGCUUGAAAUGUGAACUGUUCAUUCCUGUCCAUAGAUGCUGUCUGACCUACUGAGUUCCUGCAGCAUUGUGUGUGUGUUGCUCUGAAUAAUGUGUAUAUCUCUCAUAAUGCACAGGGACCAGAUCUACACCUGGUUUCACUGCAACUACUCUGCAGGUUGUGUCUCACCUGUUUCACUGGCAGCUGGUAAAGCCCCCAGACCUACUGACAUUCUGAGCACAGAAUCAAACCAAUCCAAUCCAAAUUAGUUUGUUUAAUUUAGUGAUAAACCAGAAUAGAUUAAACACGUGUUUUCAAUGUUCUUUCAGUAGUGUGAGGUGCACCAAAAUACAGAUCGCCCAACUCAUCGCUGAGUGCCGUGGUUCAUGUAACACUUUAUAGUGCCAACGACCUGGGUUUAAUUCCUAUCGUCGUAGUUCUGCCCGUGCUGUGGGUUUCCGCUAGGUGCUCUGGUUUCCUCCCAAUUUCUGAAGACCUAUGGGUUGGUACUGGAGGUUAUUUGGUCACAAGGGUAUAAUAGGUUCAUGGGUUCUUGGGAAGGAAGGAUCUGUUACUGUGUUGUAUCUCUAAAUGAAUAAUUAAACUCAAUUGCUCCCAGCCGUGUAACAGUUCAAGAGGAAUGCUUGUCAUGUUCUGAGGUUAAAAAGACAAGAGUGUUAUCCAGUAGAGACCAGGUAUCCCUUGGUACAAGAUGGCUCUUAACACAGCGUGUUUACAGUGUUCAGCAGAGCAACAACAGCAAGACAAGCCCCCUUACACACACCCACACCCACACCCACCCACCCCCAAGAUAGGUCAUUUCUGGGCCUGCAGUGGCCUCACAGACUUGCAGACGUCAGGCCUCUGAAUUCCAGACUUGCAGACGUCAGGCCUCUGAAUUCCAGACACACUGACCCAGGGGAUUCCACUGUCCGGUCUCGACUAAUGAACUCACUGACAUCUGUCUUCAGCCUGCACAGUAUCUUUAUGAAUGUCAUCAAAAUUACAUAAGACUGGUGGGAAAGAAUAUUCACAAAGUGAGGAGAGAGGAGACCACUUCUGCCAUUGGUGGAAUGGAUCUUGGCCCAAAAAGUCAACUGUUUAUUCCUCUCCAUAGAUGCUGCCUGACCUGCUGAGUUCCUCCAGCAUUUUGUGUGUGUUGCUGUGGAUUUCCAGCAUCUGUAGAAUCUCUUGUUUAUGAAUGUAUGUGCAUCUGACUUUUGGAGUUAAUAAAUGGUUAAGUUAUUCUCACAUGUUCUGAGAUACAAUGGAAAAAUGUUCAAUACUGUCUGUACAGAUCAAUUCACAACAUUGUUAAGGUUUGACAAGGUAAAACAAUAACAAUGCAGAAUAAAGUGUUACAGUUACAGAGAAAGUGCAGUGCAGGCAGACAAUAAGGUGUAAGACCAUGAUGAGGUAUAUUGUGAGGUCAACAGUACGUCUUACUGUACCAGUGGGCCACUCCAUAGUCUUUUACCAGUGGGGUAGAAGCUGUCCUUGAGCCUGGUGGCACAUGCUUUCAGGUUUUUGUACCUUCUGCCUGAUGGGAGAGGGAGAUCAAGGUCUGGAGUUACUGGGGUCCUUGGCUAUGCUGGCUGCUUUACUGAGGCUUCAAAAAGGCAGCAUCCAUCAGUAAGGACCCCCAUCACCUAGGCCAUGCCCUCUUCUCUUUGCUAUCAAGGAAGAGGUGCAGGAGCUUGAAGUCACACACUCAACGAUUCAGGGACAAUUUCUUCCUCUCUGCCACUAGAUUUCUGAGCUAUUUUCGCUUAUUUAAAUUUUUAAUAAAUAUUUCUUAUUGAAAUUUAUAGUAUGUUUAUGUCAUGCACUGUACUGUCACAAAACCACAAAUUUCAUAACAUAUAUAGAGUGCCUGUAAAAAAAAAAGUAUUCACACCCCCACCCUCUUGGAAGUUUUCACUAGGAAGAGGUACAGUCGAUGUUUCAGGCCGAGACGCUUCGUCAGGUCCUGGCGAAGGGUCUCGGCCUGAACGUCGACUGUACCUCUUCCUAGAGAUGCUGCCUGGCCUGCUGCGU